CUCAUUUGGAGAAAUUUUUUAGAUCCGUGAUUCUGGCUUGGUUUACGCAUUAGUUUGUUCAAUUUUUGAUGGCCUUUCUUCUCAAACAUUCAUUUCUUCAUCCUCUUCUUGUUACAUUAAUAUAUUUGUGACAUUCGUAAAAGAUAUUGAGUAGGCUAUGACACUUAAAUUUUACUCAAAAUAAUGAUACCUUAAAAACAUGUCAAUAUGUGUCCUGCUUUUUCUACACUCUUUUUACAUUCCUUUUGCAACUACAAUUCGUUAGAUUUUGAAAUUCUUUUCAUUCUAAUUAACCCAUACUCGAGCAUUUUGUAAGAAAUUGUUGGUUAUGGGUCUUCUGGAUUAUUUGUUUGGGAAUGGAGGUAGAAGGUUUAUCAAGAGAAAAGAUAGCGAUGCUGGUGAAGCAGGUUUUCAAAAAAUUGAUUCUUAUUCUGCACACAUUCUCAACUGGGAUUUGAUAAAUCUGUUUGUUCUGAGGGUAGGGCACUGGAAGAGCUCAGAGGUUCUCUCUACAAUGAGCUUCGAACAUCAGAAGGAGCCAAGCGUCAACAACAGCGAUUCUGUGGUCCAGUUAUGGCAAUGACCUUCAAUUUCAUGGUUGCUGUUGGAAUAAUAUUGGGAAACAAACUCGUCAUGGGAAGAGUUGGAUUUAAAUUUCCCAUUUUCCUAACGCUCAUUCAUUACUGCUGUUCUUGGAUAUUACUCGCCAUCUUCAAGGCUUUGUCAUUGCUUCCAGCUGCUCCUCCUGCUAGAACAACACCAUUUUCUUCACUCUUUUCGUUGGGUGUUGUGAUGGCUUUUGCCUCUGGCCUUGCCAAUGCUAGUCUGAGUCAUAACAGUGUGGGUUUCUAUCAGAUGGCUAAAAUUGCGGUUACUCCAACCAUUGUCAUUGCAGAGUUCUUUCUUUUCAAGAAGAAAGUAUCCUUUCACAAAGUUCUGGCUCUGGCUGUCGUGUCAGUAGGCGUUGCAGUUGCAACUGUCACGGACUUGGAAUUUAAUUUCUUUGGGGCUUGUAUUGCACUAGCAUGGAUUGUUCCAAGCGGUGUAAACAAAAUUCUUUGGUCAAAUCUCCAACAACAAACAAAUUGGACUGCUCUUGCGUUGAUGUGGAGGACGACUCCAGUGACAAUUUUCUUCUUGGUACCACUGUCGCCUUUGCUAGACCCUCCAGGAGUGCUAUCUUUCAAGUGGGACAUCAACAAUACGAGUGCUAUUCUCAUCUCAGCCUUACUUGGUUUCCUCUUGCAAUGGUCUGGAGCUUUAGCACUUGGAGCUACAUCAGCAACGUCACACGUUGUUUUAGGACAAUUCAAGACUUGUGUGAUCCUACUAGGAGGAUAUUUCCUGUUUAGCUCAGAUCCAGGGUGGACGAGUAUAUGUGGUGCCGUUACAGCUCUUGGUGGAAUGACAGUAUACACAUCCCUCAGCUUAAAGGAAUCGAGAGAAAAGGCGAGUGAUCAACUCCCAAAGCAUAGUUUACCUCCUCAAAAACUCAAGAGUACUGAAGAUGAUGACAACUCCAGAUACACACCUCCAGACCAAACUCCUGCUGUCGUCUAAGUUUACUCCUUUUUUGUUGGUACAUAAGUUAGAUCUAUUUUUUACUGUGAAAACAGGGUUGUGGGAGAGCAAUACAAGUGUCGUGCUGCUAAGCAAAGCAGCUUGUUGAUCCACUUUAAUUGAUUAUCAUAAUGUGUAAAUUUCUGCAUUGCAACACACCAGCAUUAUGUCUAUUGUAACAGAUGCUCAAGGAUUAGAAAGUUUGGUUGUUUAGCAUAAUGAGAAUUGCAAAAGUUAUCCAACUUAAA